AUGUAUUCCAUCCAACGUCAUUCAAAUAAUUCAUGUUAUGAAACAAUGAAUUAUAUACGGCAACAACAACAACAACAAAAAUCAGUAUUUAAUAAUCGUCAAAUGAUUAAAACUAAACAUCAAAGUGUUUUAAAAGAAUAUUUCUUUAUAGAUAAUUCAGCUGGUACAUUUCAUCGUUCACCAUUGUUAUCCUUUUGUGUACCCGAUGUAUAUUCUCCAGGAACAAAUGGAAAAUGUUCAUUACCUCCGCCAUCAUCAAAUUUACCGCCACCACCAUCAGAAUGGCUUAAUUAA